AUGUCUUACAACUGCCGCUCUGGGAACUUCUCCUCUCGCUCUUUUGGAGGUUGCCUGCAGCGCCCAGUUUCCUUCCACGAUACUAUCUACCCCAGCAAGGUAGUCCUCUCUCCCAGCACCUGCCAGCUGGGCUCCUCUACCUACGAUGGCUGUCAGGAGACUUGCUGGGAGCCCACCAGCUGCCAGACACCCUGUUCUGUGGCCAGCUCCUACCAGACAUCCUGCUUCCGCCCGAGGAAUUCCAUGUUCUGCAGCCCCUGCCAAACAAAUUACGCUGGAUCUUCAGGAUGUGGAAAUAUCGGCCUUGGGCCUUUUGGGUAUGGAAGUGCUGGCUUCCAGUCUCCGGGCUGUGGGUCCGGCUUCUACCGCCCAUCUUACCUUCCUUCCAGGGGUUGCCCGUCAACUUGUUACCAACCAGCCUUCAGCUCUCGCUGUUUUGGAUCAACUUACUGAGUAUCUUCCAUCAUCUCAUGGUUAUGUCUGCACUUUAUGAAACUUUGACACUCAUCUUGUCCAAUAUCUGCAAUUAUUGACUAUCUGCAGCACCAGUACUCACCAUCACAGUCCUCCUGGCAGUAUACAA